UGUACAGUUAACGCGUAGAAAAUCAAAGGAAAUCGCGUGGUCUCCCAUCCCUGAAAUACAAUUGUUCGUAGUGAAGAACUUUGACCUGACCUACAUACGAAAAAGAUACUCGUGUACUAAUAGUGAUCACAAGUGCUUCACCUUUUGAAUGAAUACACAAACACCACUGACCCAUAUGCUGCCUGGUCGAGCUUGACGAUCUUCACGCUAUUGCUCCCUUUGCUGUGUUAAACAACGUGGUCUUCAAGUGUGACCUAUAGGAAGAAUUCGGUCGUUCACAUUUGUGCAUUGUCGCAUGGAUUCUUUCGCAGUUUACUAGCUAUUUCCGCUUAAAAAUCCUUCAUGUGUGGUCAAGGUAAAAUGAUGUUUUGGACGUGUGGUCAAUUUAGGAAACAUUCCGGUGAGGAGACAUGUUACUAGAAGGAGUGUCCAGAUUUGUGACAACACAGUGACAUUAUUACUACAUAUUUCAGUGAUCAAUACAUUAGUGAUAUGUGAAGUAUAAUCAGUAUAUUCGACUUUUAUAUAAAGACAUAUUAAAGUGCUAUGGUCAUUCUAGAGAGAUUACAAUGUUUUGACAAGUAUACAACAGAUGCAACCAAAUGAAUCAAGGAAAUGGCAGAACAUGGAGGAGGAGGACGUAAAAGGGGGCGCUGUAAAUGGUUUAAUGUAGCAAAAGGGUGGGGCUUUAUAACACCUGAUGAUGGUUCCCAAGAUGUGUUUGUUCACCAGAGUGUAAUUCAUAAGGCCGGAUUUAGAAGUUUGGAUGAUGGCGAAGAAGUGGAAUUCGAAGCUAAACCAUCUGGUCUUGGUGUGGAAGCUACUUUUGUCGCCGGACCAGGCGGAUCGGAGUGUAAAGGAAGUUCACGACGACCCCUUUCACGAAAGAAAUUUAAGAAAAUAAGGUGCUACAAUUGUGGAGAUUUUGGCAAUCACAUAGCUUCUAAAUGUCCUCAUGGGCCUUUACCGAAAAGGUGUCACAGCUGCAAAUCAACAGAACAUCUCAUAGCAGAUUGUCCUUUGAGAGAUCCAUCAUUACCGGUACCACACAAUGGCGACGGAAAUGGGAACGGAAAUGGACUUAGUCCGUGAAAUAAUUUUUGAAUCUCUCCACUCGUUAUUAACUUUAUUGUUGCAAUGUAUAUUCUAUUGAAACGGGUUUUUUUAAUCUCAAAUUAUGCGAGUGCUAAAAAUCAAAAUGAAUUGAAAUAUAAUUUUUAAAGCAUUGAAUUGUCUUAAUAAUUGUCGUGACUUGUUGAUAUUAUUAACUAAUGACAACCAACCUACCUCAUGAAUGUAUUUAGAUGUUAUAGUUAAUUGUAUAAUAGUAUAGUAGUUUGGUUGUUUCGUAUAUAUAGACUGUAGUUUUACGGGGAAUGAACAAAUAUUUUUACCACCAAAGAGUUGGUGUUUUAAUUUUACAAAUAUUAAGAUGUAGAAUUUGUUUUUGUCGUAUACAGGUUUUAUUAUAGAUCUGUUCUUGUGAUCUGUUUUAAGUUUUUAUCAGUUUAGUUUAAUCGUUCAGUUUGCUUCGUACAAAUACACGAUGUCAUUUAUUUUGGUACUAUUUAAUGUAUUUCCUGUGUACCUAUUCCCACACACAUAUAGUGUACUAUUUUUUGGUUUAGAUUUGUUUGGUAUUGUAUUGAGUUGUGUCAAAAUAUGGAGUGAAUAUAAGCAGAAAUUACACAAUGUUGUUUUUUUUAAACAAGGAGAAACACUUCACAAAAUAUUGCAGAAAUGGAUUUGUUCCUUCAUAGCAUUCAUAAAGAGUUGUUAUAAAUAAGUGUUUUAGUAUCCUACACGUUUUCGUACAAUUUUUAUAAAAUAAAAGGAUAAUAACAUGUAUUAGUGUUAUUGGAUUUAAUUAUUUUUUAUAAGGUUCGUAUACCUUUUACCCUUAUGUAGAAAUUAAUCUAAGUUUCUAUUUAAAGGAAGGAAUGCAAAUCCGCCAAUUACCGAUAUUUAAAAUAUAAAAAAGCAAGUUUUUCAUAAAAUAUAAUUGCCUAUGAUUGAUGCAAUUUAAAUAAUAGGUAUUAAUAGAAAGACACACAAUGCAUAUUGUUCUCUGAUAUUAGACAAAAGUCCGAUUUUUUUAAGAUUGUUAUGAAGAAACAAAAUCAAUAUUCAAAAGGCGAGAAACUAUGAAGGGAAUAACAUUUUAGUAGAAGAAAAACAGUAUUUUACUAAAUGGCAGCUUGAAGGGGAAACGAAAUCUAAUGAGGAGAUGGAAUUAUCAUUUAUUACUACUUUAGGUGAAUACAUCUUUUAAAUUUUAUUUAUAUAACAAAAUAUUGUUACUGAAAAAUAUACAAAAUAAUUCUGGUGCUGAGAUACUUGUCAUGGGGAAAAUGACAAGUGUAAAAACAAAAAAAUAAAUCAAAUAUUUUACGUUUGUGAUAAGUGUGUAUUUUCAUGACAAAAAUGUCAAAUCAUUGAAAAUUAAAAUGGGGUUGUCAAGGCAACAUUUUAAUCAUAUGUAUUUUAUUUGAUAUCUACUUUAAACAAUAUUUUAAAUGGGAAAAAAAAAUUCUUUAUAUUAUUUAAUACAAAAUUAGGGGCGUUCAAUAUGAGGAUACAACGAAAAAAGAAAUAUUCUUUCCUUAUAUUUUUGGAGUUUUGUAGUUAAAUAAUAAAAUUUCGUAAAUACUAGCAUAUAACUUGAAUUAUUUCAAUAUGAAAUGUUUUAUGUUUUAAGCCUAAAAAGUAAAAAAACGUGUUUCACUGGAUUUAAAUUUUGCCUUUGCACGUAGACAUUUUAAUAAAUAUGGCGGGUAUUUAUAUUCAUUUUCAUUGUCAUUCAAAAUGCACUGUUAAGAAUGGGCGAGUUAAGUUAGUCAUCAAGGAGAUUUAUCAAACAAUUCAAAAUCAAUUAUUUUAUGUACUUAGGGUAUUGUGUUUUGUAUAGUUUUUGUAUGUGCUUUAAUAUUUCAAUAUUUUUAUCAAUAAAAACCAAAUGCACAGGAGUUAUUGUUUACACUGAUCAACCUGAACACAUAUAUAUGUCUUAUAGGGCUUUAUUAUUUUUUUAUACAUAUUAGAUCAAACCGUACAAUUGUGAGUUAAAAGAGAAGUAAAAGAAAGAUGUUUUCAUAAAGUAUUGACGACCUCAUUCAUUCUGCUGUUAAUUCAAACCAAAUGUGUUUUUUAUAACUGAUCACAAUUAUUACGAUAACAAGAAGGGUGAACAGUCGUUAAAUUGUGAAUCAUUUUGUUUUGAAUAUGGAAUUUCUGUAAUUGCUUCUUGUUUUGAUAUAGGAAUCCACAUUUUUAUAACGACAUCUUAAAAAACAGACUUUAACUAUAAGAGAGUAUAUAUUUGUUCAUAUCACUUCUUAAUGUGUUAUAUUUAAGACGGACAAAAAUAUUCAAUUUUGAAAAUUAUGCAUGUUAGGUAAACCAACAACGUUGUCAAAUGUGUUCUAGAUUUAAGUGCUAAAAAAUUUUUAAAAAAAAAUGGUCUCGUAUGUAUCCAUUCCAAAGUUACUUUUUUUGUAAUAAACCUAUAUAAUCAAAUUAUUUUCCUAAUGCAUUUAAAUCAUUCAAACGUUAUUGAUAAGAGCACAAAUCAAAGAAAAUGCCAAAACGUUAUUGAAUCUAUUUUAAUACUGAACACUGUAGCAUUUCUGCAGUGAAAAGUUUAAAAACAAAAUCUUCCUGAUUUUAAUGUCAAAUAUAAAAUAAAAAAGCUCAUUUUAUGGGUUUGUUGUUUAAAUUUGGCAUAAAAUUGCACGAAAUAAGCUGUAUUAUAUAUCCUUUUUGUAAUGAAGUACUCAUAAAAAAUGUAGUUUUGAACACGACGAAGAUAACAUUGGGACAUUUAAAUGUACAUAGACAGAAUAAAUAAUAUUAUGAACCUUUCCAGUAUCAAUUAACGUAUUUGAAAAUAGCUGAACAUACAAAUACAUUUUUAUUAUUUUUAAUCAGUUACAGUUUUUGUUCUUUUCUCAGGGAAAUUGUGUGUACGUGUAUUUACAUUGGACGUGUUGUAUUAACAUUGUGCAUGUAUUAGCAUUGUACGUGUAUUUACAUUGUACAUUUACAUUUACAUUGUACUUGUUUUUACAUUGUACGUGUAAACAUUGACAUCAGUUUUCCACUUAUUUGUUAUGUUUUGUUUACCGUUAUACAAAUGUUUCAGUAUUGAAACCAUGUUCAUUUUUUAUUUGUUUUGCAUUUUUUGUAAAUUUAAAGGAUUUUGCGGCAUUAUUGCAGAUAAUUGUAAAUAAAUGCUUAGUAUUUUGUUCAGAAAAGGAGAUAUUAUUUCUUUUCUUAUAUGUAGCCAUUUGUUUUACAUUUAUUUGUUCUUGAUACAAAACUAAACUUCAUCUAAGGGGCAGCAAUCCAUGUAAUAAGAAUAAUGAAAUUCUACAUUGGAAGAUUUAAAUCAGAAUAGUUUCAUGUUUUUAUUUAUUUGAUCUCUUCGGGAAUUGAUUUUCAUAUUUUCGUUUAAAGUAUUAAGACAGCUAUAUUGAUCUAAAUAUAAUUACAAGUUAACCAAUCUAUUUAUUGAGCGCAAUUCCAAAGAAUGUAUAUUAAGAUCAAAACAUUUUACCAAAAUAUAUUUAGAACAAUUCCAAAGCUUUGAUGUUUGUUGUAGAAAAAUAUUUUAAUAAACUUGCAUAUGUACA